CCUACGUCACGAACACAUUCAAGUUAAUUGUAAGAGAACAGGCCACACAUUCAUUAGUACAAGUACAAGUCAAUCUCUACAUACGUACAUUUAAUAAUAGCUACAGGUAGAAUUGACAAGCUGCAAAUUCUUCUCAAGAAAAUCAGGUUGAUUGAAGACGUGUGUGAUCAUUUGAGCGGACAUUGUUGGAGCCAUGUAUGGGUUUGUGAACUCUGCCUUGGAGAAACUCAUCAUCCGUCGGUUUGGUGUGGAGAAAUGGGAUGAAGUCAGGGCAUAUGCUGAUCUGAUGCUGGCUGAAGACUCCUUUCAAGAGCACACAGUGUACAGGGAUUCUGACACAUAUAGCGUGGUAGGAGCAGCCGUUGAAGUACUAGGUCUAGAUGGUGACACACUGCUGGAGAUGUUUGGAGAACAGUUUCUACUGUGGUGUCAAGAGUCUGGAUAUGCCAAAACGCUACGGUUGCUCGGUCGAACUCUCCAAGAUUUUUUGGCCAAUUUGGAUGCCCUCCACGACCACCUCUCAAUGGUGUACCCGCACAUGGAGGCCCCCUCAUUCAGAUGCACCACUGGGCUCAAGAAUUCUGAGUUUCUACUUCACUACUAUUCUGAUCGGCCGGGGCUUGAGGGGGUGGUUAUGGGCAUUGUCAAGUCCGUUGCCAGGGAGUACUAUUCCGUCGAGGUCGAAAUGAAACUAGUCACAAAGAAAGGUAACGAAGGAAGCGACCAUUCUAUAUUUUCCAUCCGAGAAGUUGCCGUGCAUUCUGAUCAUCAGGGGGGCCCAGAAAAGGUCCCAGAAGAUUCAAUGGCAUAUUCUGAUAAGCAAUUAGUCAGCUCAAAGACGUUCUGUAAGGCUUUCCCAUUUCACAUUGUCUUCGACUAUGACAUGAAAAUCCUUCAAGUUGGCUCGUCACUGAGUGUGGUGCUACCGGCCUUGAAGCAAGACGAGGUCAAACUUGACAGGUUCUUUGAAUUUGAACGACCCAAGAUGCGAUUAACUUUUGAGAAUAUUCUUGCUCACAUCAACACGAUUUUCAUCAUGGUCCCGACUCGCCAGGCCAACAUGACCAUAAACCUCACCAAAUUGGGCAUGGUUGAAGGGGAGCACAUGCGACUGAGAGGACAGAUGAUCCAUAUCAAUGACAAGAAACCUGAGGCCAUGCUUUUUCUCUGCUCCCCCCACGUCAAGUGUCUAGACGAUUUGGAAGACAAGGGAUUGUAUCUCAGUGACAUCCCAGUCCACGAUGCCACCCGAGGGCUCCUCAUGAUGAGACAAGCAGCUGCCUCUGAAUUUGACCAUGCUGUCAGACUGGAGGAUCUUGUGAUGCGGCUGAGAGCGGUACAACAGUCACUCGAGGAAGAGAAAGGACGAAUGAGAAACCUUCUCCACCAAAUGCUCCCCAUUAGCGUGGCUGAUAGUCUCAUGGCAGGACAAAUGGUUGAGGCGGAGAGGUUUGAGUCAGUCACCAUCCUGUUCUCAGAUAUAGUGGGCUUCACGGGGAUAUGCACUCAGUCUGGGCCUAUGGAGAUUGUGAACAUGCUCAACAAGCUCUACUCUCUGUUUGAUCAAGUGGUCGGGCCGAACAACGUGUACAAGGUUGAGACCAUUGGUGAUGCCUACAUGGUGGUUGGUGGGCUCCCCGAGAGAGACCCUACACAUGCUGAAUGUGUGGCUAAUCAGGCCCUGGACAUGAUGCACUACUGUCAACAAGUCAACCGGCCUGAUACCAACGAGCCCAUCGUGAUGCGUAUUGGUAUCAACAGUGGAGACGUGGUGGCCGGAGUGGUGGGUCGCCGGAUGCCUCGUUACUGUCUGUUUGGGAACACGGUCAACGUGGCCAGUCGUUGUGAGAGCAAUGGGACUCCCGGGAAAAUACAAGUCACAGAAUUCACACACGAGUUGCUCAAAGACAAGUCCAACUUUGUGUUUGAGUUUCGAGAUGCUAUGGACUUUAAAAAUGUCCCCGAUAAAGUCAAAUGCUAUUACCUGACCGAAAACAAACUGCACAAGAUCAAUCCAGUUGUCGAUGAGUCGGACCAAGUCCAGUAUGGCUUCGUGUACAACUCUAUUACUCCCCCAGGUACUCCUGUUCCUCCUUAUUCUCCAUCUCUCCCCCCAACAUUUCCCAUCCGCUCUAACGCCAAUCCCAAAGAGCUGUCUGGAUGUCCACUCUCCUCCUUAACACAACUGACACCGGGAAUUAACAUCACUGAAGCCACGCCCACCCCCAGUUCGAGCAAGAGAAACAGUGUGGGGUCUGAGAUUUCUUUAAGCAGUCACUCUCGUAGCUCCACUCCAGAUGACUGUUUAGACGAUCUUGGACUUCAAAUGAAAAUGGAUGAACACCAUUCACCGUUCCUGGACACGAUGCGCCGAUUGUCUGGUUUGGAGCCUGUCAAAGAGGUCACAGAGGCUGAUGAAGAGAUUGUUAUCGAGGGGACGAUGGAGCAGGGAAAGAAAGAGGCAAUUCCAACAGUCAGGAAAAUAUCAAAUGGCUCAAACGUGAGCGUAGACAGUCUGGGCGAAGGAGAGGGGAAGACCGCACUCAGAAAGAUGUCCGAUGCGUCCAGCGAAAGUGGGAUCUUGAGUUCAGGCAGUAAAACAUCGGAAGGAGGAGGUGUGGACCACAAGUCCUCUACGUCUAGCUAUGAUGGAAUGGCUGAUUCUCUAGACGAGCUCCACUUAAUUCGGAGAUCGGGAUCAGUCAGUGACAAGAUAAAGAAAUUCGACACGUUGACAAGAGAUCGACAGAGAAAGACAGGACUGCACUGUGUAUCUCAGGACUCUCAAGUACAAACUGAAACAGCUCUUAAUUGCAAAAACGGCAAACUUAGACCUGAACGCAAGUCAUUAGAAUCCAUUGGAAGCACUAGUUCCAAUGACUGUAUAGAGGCCUAGCCAGUCUGUCUCUGCAUGUCUCAUAUAUUUUUUGUACUUUUAUAGCACUGGUGUGCUCUGCACUUCUUGUACCAUUUUGAUAUGAUUAUUGUAUAAUGUACUGAA